GCAGCGACGCGUGUCCCCGCGGCCCCGACGGCGCAUCGCAUUGCUGGUCGCGGCGUCACUGCCAGAUCGUGUGUCACAACUGCACUUCUGGCUGCGUGACGUCACAGCUCCGUGACCAGCAGAAUAAUCCCUCAGCGUCGCGUACAUCUCAGACUCUGCAGCGCCCCGUCCCGCAACCUGGCGCGUGCUGCCCCGAUCAGUGCGCCGGUGGUUGUCGCGUGGACGGCGGCGCAGUUCACUGUAACGCCUGCAAAAAGUUCCUCAUGGGCGGUCAUUGUGUGAACGUUUGUCCAUUUGGAUAUUAUGAGUACGACAACUUGUUCUGCGUCAGUAACGCGACGUGUGUAGAGCAACUCGGACUCAAGCUGGUUACGGUGAACGGCACACGUCUGUGUGCUCCAGACUGCCCCAUCGGCUACCAACAUCACCAGCAUCCCUCACGCUGUGUCAACUGCAGCGAAUAUCCUGGUUUGUGCGAGAAGCGCUGCCCGGGAAGGGUGCUGAGUAGCUUGGCGGCCCUGCAGAGUUUCCGAGGCUGUACGCAUGUCGAUGGUUUCUUGAUGCUCAGCCUGUCCCACACUUACAACAUCACGGUACAGUUGGAGGCCGCGUUGUCCAUGUUGUCGUACGUACGCGACUUCUUGGCAGUGUUCUCAACCCCCGCGCUCACGUCUCUUAAGGUCUUCACGAGGCUGGAAAUAAUUGCUGGAGAAAAGCUCUAUCGCGGCAAGUACGCAUUGCUGGUGUACGACAACGACGCUCUGGAGGACCUCUGGCCUGCCGGACGAGACAUCAACAUUUCCAGAGGCUCGGUGCUGCUGUACAGGAACCCUCGCCUGUGCCCGAGCUCCGUGUACGCGCUCACCAACAGGACACGAGCCUCCUCCGCCCUGCCUGCCGACGUCCUGGAGGAUCUCAAUGGAUAUGCCAGGAUAUGUUCUUCGAGCAUCGUUGAGCUGCAGGUCACACCUCUGGAGGGAGGAGAAGUCAACAUUUCUUGGAAAUUCGAUCCGAAUUCUCCAGUCAAGGGAUUUUUCCUUCAUUUACGGACGAUCCCUGAAAACAGCGACUGUCAAGUUGUCAUGCCUGCAUCGUCGUGGAGAUCGCUGUACCUGUCACGGACGGCGGGCGUGGUAAGUGGGCACCGCAUGCACUACACGGUAGCGGCGGGUCUGAAGCCCUACGCGCGCUACGCCUUCUACGUGCAGACCUUCAGCACCACGGCGGCCUCCUUACAGUCGCGCGUCGUCUGCAACCAGUCUCUGGCUGCCGCACCGAGCGCAGUCACAGGCAUACGUCUGGCAGGACGCGAAGCUUCCUCACUGCUCGUGGUCUGGCAGCCGCCGUCGCUGACCAACGGCAGACUCGACUUCUACCAGUUGUCGUACCAGCAAAUACAACAUUUCCCUGUGCACACAUACGAACAUUUCUGUGAUGAACCUAAGGACAGAAAUGACUUUGUUGAUGAGACUAGUGAACCCGACGACGAAGAUGUUGACUCGUUUGGAAAUUUGAAAUCAGUCUACGAAACAAAUGACAAUGUGGACGUAAAUACCGAGAGAACUGUUACAACUUUCAAUGAAUCUUCAGUUUUACCAAAUGAAUUCGCUGCAAAUCUUAACAACGUUCAGAACGAUUUCCACCGUACAGAAAAACUUACAGGAAACCCAGCAUUGAAAACAGAAAUUCUGUCUUCCACGAAGCCAACACACGAGCAGUCUGCUCAUCGGCCGGUCGAGCAAAACAUGGGAACGAUCGAGCAAAACAUGGGAACGAUCGAGCCCGACUACGGAGCGGAAGAAGUUCAGGGCUUGGGAAGCCGCUACGAUGCGCCUCCACGCUUUAGUGUUGCUGCAACUGUUGCCGAAGUGUAUAAUUAUUUGUACAGGCCAGGUUACCAAGCAGACGCUGCCAAGACUACCGCCUGUUUUCUGGCAUCGUCGUCGUUGAGCUCAUCUACGGACGUCAGAGUCCGACGUAACAUCAACGAAGCACCUCUUACAUCACCUGUUUCCGGAGGAACCCUCCACACACUUGUAUCUAUGACCAAUAUUGACGGUGCAGCGAAUAAAGAACGUAUUAAAAGUGAGCCUUCACUCCAAGCUGAUCGUCCAAAAAUAAAUGAUGUUCAUUUUGAAGCGAAGGUUCACGAUGACUCGAUAGAAAAAAUGACAUCGAGGCAGACAACAUUAUUCAGUUUAUCGCGCUCCCUUCUUGUGCCUGGUUUGCUGCCUUUCACUCCAUACGUCAUUCAGGUGCGAGCUUGUAAUUUUCUGCACGGAAACUGCACAAUCGAAGCCCUGCGAGCGAGUGGACGGCUGGACGGCGCACUGGACCUGGACUCAGCUGCUGCAGCAGCGAGGUGCCUCUAUCGCUGCUCUCUAGCUCCUGCCACACGAAUUUUCUACACUCGGGCCAGAGACGGCGCUGACGUGGUGCGGGACGUGAAGGUUGAAGUUGAGGACGGCAAACUGCAGGUCUCGUGGACCGCCCCCGCUGCUGCCAACGGCGCGGUGCUCGGCUACACGGUGCUGCUCCGCCGCGACGACCUCAACACCCACCGCUGGUGCGUGCGGCCAGAGGACACCAGCCUCGUGGCCUCCGUCCAUCUGUCCGCCGGCCGCCAUCAGCUGCAAGUCACCACCCACACUCCAGCGGCCGCCAGCACCUCGGCCGUCACCGUGUCCUUCUUGGUUAACGAGACUCCCAGACCCCACGGGCUGCUGGCAACUGCCCUCAUCACCGCAGCCGUGGCAGGGGCCGUGAUCGUGGCCGUGCUGCUGGUGUGUCUCUUCCUCCGCUGUCGUCAACGAAAAAAUACCAAAUUAAAAAAGCUGAGCGCUCGUAGCGACGUUCUACGCACCGUGUAUUCUUCUUGUUCCUCACCGACGUGGCUGCAGGGCAUAGACCCAGUCUUCAUCCACGACGCACGCCACCUUCGUCUGGAAGACACGCACAUCGGGAGAGGAAACUUCGGUGUGGUGUCCCGUGGGGAGCUGGAGCUGCCCUGUGGUGCUGUCGUCAACGUCGCCACCAAGCAACUCAGGAACGCCAGCCUCGACGACCCUGCCAUACUGCGGGAGGCUAAGAUCAUGCUGUCGCUGCGCUGCAGUCACGUGGUGCGGGCGUACGGUGUGGUGGUGAGGCGGUCGUCGCUGCUGCUGGUGCUGGAGCUCAUGGAGCGCGGCAACUUGCAAGACUUUCUGCUCAGUCUGGUCGCUCUCAACGGCGAUGUUCUGAGCAGACUGUCGUACGAGAAAGUUGUGAGCAUAGCGAUGCAAGUCGCGGACGGGAUGCUCUAUCUGCGCCACAACAAGAUCGUGCACCGCGACCUGGCUGCACGGAACUGCCUCAUCGACCACAACCACUGCGUCAAAAUAUCAGACUUCGGCUUGUCACGUCCCUUGGCCGCUGGUGGCAGUGAAUAUUAUCAAGUUCUAGACGGAACUCGCAGGAUUCCGGUGCGGUCAAUGCCUCCGGAAUUUUUCCAGUCCGGCAAGUACGGCUACGAGUCUGACGUGUGGAGCUACGGGGUGUUGCUGUGGGAGGUGCUCACGGCCGGCAACAUCCCUUAUAAGCACCUGAAGGACACACAGAUCAAGCCCCAUAUAAUCGGCGGACAGACUCUGUUGGAGACCGUCCCUCCCUCCUGUCCGCCGCCCAUGGUCGGCCUCCUUCGAUCGUGCUGGCGCUUCUCGCCCGACGAGCGGCCAAAUUUCUCGGCCAUCGUUGCUUUCCUGGUGCAGCAAAUGGACGGGGCAGAACAAGCCUUCCUGAAAGAGUUCAAGCGGAAGUCGUUUUAUCACGAGCAAGAGAUUGAUGUACCGUCACCAAGUAAGGGAUGUUGCACCUCCAUCCCGAAGGCUCCUCGGAAACCUUUACCCCCGCUGCCUCUUGCUCCACGAGCAACGACCGUGUUCUUAAGAAGACAUCACGACAUCGUAACCGAUGGCGAAGUAGUUCUAGACCACGAGCCUCGAACUCGACCUACUGAGUUGUCUUUGGUUGGGCCAGUUCACAACGAAACGUAUGGCUGCAAUGCAUGGCCGACUUCAGACAUGUUGCAGUCACCCGCCUCAACUGUGUCGACGCUCCUCAGCCCCGAUGAUCCUGCACCAACUAAUGAAAUUAGGGGGAGAGAACCUGGUGGAAGUUCUUUUGAUAAGAUUAUUGAGAGCGUUAAGCCCGCACACAAGUCCUUCAAAGCGACGUAUCUCAAUAUUUGUCGAAUCCUCUACGGAGGAAACGAGCGGAAUAGAAACCCAUCCUUGGUCGACAAUACUGACACGAUUUUGCCUGAAUUGGAAUCCUGUGUAGUGGAAACUUGCAAUCCACCCGACGGUUCCACGACGCCUAAUGACGACCAGAAUUGCGAGUACGAAGAUAUGAGACGAUCGCAAUACAAUCCUGAUCAACUUAUGCAAGCUUCAAAGCCUGAGCAGCAUCAGCCACUUGUUACCACCUCCAUUGAAGAUCUCGCCUUAAAAAUACGGCUGCACAUCAGUGAACCGAACCUGUGUGACAAAGAUGAACUCAAUGCACAUGCCAUGAAGCAUGCAACGCUUGACCCUAGCUUUUUGCCCGAUACUUCUCUGAUGAAUACUAGAUUAAGUGGCAUCAGAAGAAAUGGGCCGGAUUCACUCUCUACUUCUAACGACGAAGCUCGCGUUGCACAAUCUACGACAGAUGAUCCUGGAUGCAGUGUUAAUUCACGGAUCCAAAAUCAUUCAUCUAUGAUACGGCCGACCAGUGUUCCCGGAUCCUUAAAUAAGUCCAGUUCGAUGCCAGAAUAUUUUCCUGUUGGUUCCGUCAGUGCAUCACAAAUCAAUGAAUAUAAGCAAUCCUUGCGCAAUCAAUAUCCAAAAAUAUUACCGUGGGAGGCCAAUGAGAUGCCAGAUCACGAAACAGACGACACGCUCGAUGUCAAAGACCUGAACCUCACGGCUUGCAGUGAUUACACGUACCGAGAAAAAGAAUUCAACGCUCAAGAAGCGUCAGAUGGACCUGACAUCAACAUUGCUGGUUUAGAAACGCCUCCACCUUCCAGGAACAACUCCACAGGCUCGAGCCAAACUUCGACAUCCCACACAUUUUUUCCACCGCAGCAAACUCUGAACGCAAAUUGCUUGCCGCUUCUCGAGAAAUAUUCAUGUAAUAUUGCCGCUCCCGAAACUUGAUGGCGCAGGUCUAUGCGAAUAACUUGAAGUAGAGCAAUAGGUUUUGUACAAGGUCAAACAACUACUGUAAAUUUGUAAAGAAAUACGAGAUGGAACCAAUAUGGCACACUCCAGCAAUCAUGCACUUUGAUAUCGUAUUCUAAUAUUUGAUAGCAUUGGACUGAGUGUGAGAUUUUUUCUCAGUUUCGCUAGUUAAGUUGUGUUCUGAUUUGAAGCAAUUCUACAUGUUGACUUUAAGAUGAAUUUGUGUUGUUUAACUCUGAUGUUAGAAUAAAUAUUUUUUACAAAUGUUACCUAAUUAAUCGUUCAUUUGUUCGCUUGAAUUCUAGAUUAAAUUUUUUCCUAAUGUU